AUGGCAGCCACCUACGAUUUGAAGAUACCUUUGCAGAAAGAGAAUUUUACGUCGAUCCCGAUUCUAGAUUUUGCACAAGUCUCGUCUCCAUCAACCAAAUCUGUCUUCCUUGAAAAUCUCCGCGAUGCACUAGUUAAUGUGGGAUUCUUCUAUCUCCGCAAUACGCCCAUUUCGCCCGAUAUUCAAAAUGCAUUUACGGCCAAAGGCUUAGAACUGUUCCAGCUGCCAUUAGAGAAGAAGCUUGAGAUUGAAAUGGUCAAUAGCCCACACUUUCUUGGAUACUCUAAACUCGGGGCCGAGAUUACCGCCCUGAAGCAGGAUCAUCGUGAACAGUUUGAUGCAACAAUUCCUGGUUUCCGUCACGCAACUGAAACCUAUUUAUCCGAAGUUAGCGCUCUAGCAGAGCAGUUCAGGUCCCUUAUUGCAGAAGCAUUGGAUCUCCCCUCAAAUGCAUUCGACGAUGUCUUCGACAAUCCACAGCAGCAUAAACUCAAACUGAUCAAGUAUCCUCCGCCUCCGGUCUCGGAAAACGAUGACUCCGGAUUUCAGGGUGUCGGCCCUCACAAAGACUCGGGCUUUCUCACUUUCCUGUUGCAAGCUACUCCGCAUCGUGGGCUCGAAGUUCAAAAUAAGGCCGGAACCUGGAUACCGGCUCCUCCACUUCCAAACACGCUUGUCGUCAAUAUUGGCCGAGCUCUCGAGGCUCUGACUGGCGGCAUCUGCAGCGCGACUACCCACCGAGUGAGUCUGCGUCGAGAGCAUUUCUUAGAUGAUAAUGGCAAAUCUCUCGGUUCGCGGUUUUCCUUCCCCGUCUUUCAGGGUGUCAGUCUUGAUCUCUCUGCUGAGAAAAUCUCACUGGUUAUUCCCGAGCAUAUUCGCGACCUGGUUAAGGAUGAUAAAGUCAAGUCUGAUGCUGAAGCGACAUUCAAUGAGAUGUUCCGCGGCAGCAUUGGUGAAGGCACCUUUGUCGCCCGAGUGACAAGCCAUCAAGACGUCGGGCAACGAUGGUAUCCGGAUGUAUUGGCGAAGGCACUGAAGGGCCAGAAAGCCUUUGUUUCUCGGUGA